GUGCGCGCGCGCCCGCCUCGGACCCGCGCCCCCGCUCAGCGCGAAACCGCCCCGGGUUCCGCGCCCGCGCUCCGCGUCCAGCGUCCCCCGCCGCCUGGCCGGCUGCCGUGCACCUCGGUGCACCGUGCAAGAACAUGGCGGGAUCGGUGGCCGACAGUGAUGCCGUAGUGAAACUAGAUGAUGGGCACUUAAACAACUCCUUGGGCUCUCCAGUGGAAGCCAACGUGUACUUCCCACGACUGAUAGUUCCAUUUUGUGGGCACAUUAAAGGUGGCAUGAGACCAGGCAAGAAGGUGUUAGUAAUGGGCAUCGUAGACCUCAACCCAGAGAGCUUUGCCAUCAGUUUGACUUGCGGUGACUCGGAGGAUCCUCCUGCUGAUGUGGCAAUUGAACUCAAAGCUGUGUUCACAGACCGGCAGCUACUCAGAAAUUCAUGUAUAUCGGGGGAAAGAGGUGAAGAGCAGUCAGCAAUCCCUUACUUUCCAUUCAUCCCAGACCAGCCAUUCAGGGUGGAAAUUCUUUGUGAGCACCCACGUUUCCGAGUGUUUGUGGAUGGACACCAACUUUUUGACUUUUACCAUCGUAUUCAAACGUUAUCUGCAAUUGACACCAUAAAGAUAAAUGGGGACCUCCAGAUCACCAAACUUGGCUGAUGUUGUUUAAAGCACUUCUAUUUCAUGUAGGAUCAGGUGCCACAACUAUAUGACUGUCAGUCUGGAAGAAGGUCCUAGCAAGAGCUGGAGACUUAAAAAGAAAACAAAAACAAAAGGCAAGCUUCACUGUCUCUUCUUUCUGUGCAGUUUAAGUCCAAAAUGACAACUUUGACUAUGGUUUGCCCAUAGGAAGAAAACUGUCAGACAAAGACACCGAGCCAUUAUUCCCAAAACAAAGUAAUACAUUUAUGCUGGAUUUUAUUCAAACUAAACUAAAAUGGAUUUGUGAUGAUUUGUGAUUUGGUAGCAAAUUAUUCAUCAUUUUGAAGCAAGGUGAUGUUUAGAAACAAAAGUACUUAAAGACAUUAAAAGCAACAACGGUACAUGAAAAUCAACGCAUUUCUGCACUGAAGUGAAAUUGUGUAGCACAACCAACAUUUUAGUCAGGGUAUUUACAUAGAAUGUAGGUUGUUCAAGGUUUGGUUUUUUGUUUUUUUGUUUUGUUUCGGGGUUUUUGCACAGCAUAGUGUUAACUCGGAUUUUUGAAGCUUUCUCGUAGUUAUUUAUUUAUAUUCAAUGUAUGUAUUAGAGAAUGAGCAAUGUCUCAAGAACAGCAAGGUGAACUUUUGAAUGUAUAAAUACCUUAGGUCCAAGGGGGAAAAAUUACAUAUUAUACUCAUAAACAGGUGAAUUUACUCCUUAAAAAUUGAGUCAUAUUCUCCAUACUGUUGGACUUAGACUCUCUUCACAUAAGUUGCUCUAAGUGCUUUUGGGAAAAAUUUGCAACAUUUCGAUUAAGACUGCUUUCAAGUUAUUGUCAAUGAUGUGAAAUUCUGUUUGCAUUGCUCUUUCUCCUUACUGUGAAUUAGCACAGUAUUGGCUUCCUUAAAACUAACUCCUUCUCCCUAGAUUUACAUAAUAGCUCAUUAAGUUGUUAUUAAAUUAAUUGAAAACAUAUAAGAGGUGAUUGCAUAGAAAAUUUUUUAAAUGGCUAUUACAUAAACUUUUAAAAGUAUCAUAUGAAAGCUGCAGUGUAAAAAGCAGAAGCAAACGGCCCCAAAUGACUUACUUGGAAAUAAUUUAUAUCAACUUAAGCUGUUAGCUCAUUGUAUAACUUUUCUUAUGUGACCCUCACCAAUAUCCCUAAGCAAUGCCUUUGGAACUUCAGAGUAGAUACAUUCUACUGUAUUGGCUUGGAGGAGAUAGUAGAAUAAGAGAGGAUCCAGAUUAGGAAAGGAUCCGGUUAGUUUAUCAGAAAGGUCCACUCCCAGGACUCCAUGUCUUUUGAGUACAAUCUAUACUGAAUGGAGUUGUAAAAUUUCCCUGCACUCAGGGAACUGAUCAAAAUGUAGCUUGUUUCUGGCAGGUGGCUACAGACUAUAAAUGUCACCUAAAAGGCCAGGGAUGGUUGGAGCCCUGGGCAUUGGACUUCGCAAGCUGCAUUGGCCCUGGAGAGAAGGACCCUUGGCAUUGCUUUUGCCUGUUAGUGGGGGAAGAAAGGGGUGCUGGGGUGGGGGUGUAUUUAUGUAUAAUUUAGGUUUUGUUUGUUCAGCAUAGUAUGUCUUUUUACAACAUGUCCUUGUCCUCUUUGCUUUUGAUUUUUUUUUUUUUUUACACAACAUGCAGAGGCACUGAAGUGGCCAUGUCAUAUUCAUGUGUCAAGAAUGUAGACAGUGUUUCAGUACCAAAGUCUAAGAUAAAUAAAGCAAACUAAAAUUGUGUUUUUUAUAGGUGAUAUAUUUGGAUUCAUAUCAACUUUGAAACUGUUUAGCACAGUUCCAUGGUGUUAUGUACAAAGAUACUCUUAACAAGACCAGCUAUACAUGAAAAAGCUUUACAUACCAGCUGACUUAUUCAGCCAUACUCAGCCAUGAGGGCUGCUCUUUGGCCCCAGGUAUUUUCAAGCCUGUGAUUAACUUCCCGUGGCUUAUAAAGCCAUUUAUUAGGAGUGUUUGUAGAAAGACUUAGAGAGCACCCUGAAAUAUAUUUGUAGGGGUUUUGGUUCAACUCAUAGUGGAAGACCCCUUGGGAGGACUCUUGAGUAGCCAACCAUUCCCUACCCACUGCAUAAUUGAGCAGAAACUAGAGCAGCAGGGAGGAAAAGUGACUGGAAGUAAAACUAUUCUCUUUACCUAUCUGCUAACUCACUAGCAGCCAAGCCCUUAGGCAGCUUAGUGUGAAAAUACAGUGUUAACCCUUCAUGUCCCUACAGGUCAGAGGGAAGCCCUUGGAUAAGUCUAGUGGGGUUAAUCUAAAUGAUGUGAUGAUUUGAUUUAGGUAGAGCUAAAUGAGUAGGGGGCCAGUCCCACUGUCCUAAUGGUUAGCUGGAAACUGGAACAUGUUUACCCCUUUCCUCACCCUGUGAGGUCCAAGGUGGGAAUUUUAGGAUAGAAAGUGCAAUUUAAAGGUUCACAGCAAAGUAUUUGCAUAUGUAAGGAGUUAUUUCUAACCAGAGCCCUAGUUUUACAAUAACCAAAACCAAGGGAUAGCAAUCAGGCUCUGGGGAAAUAAAAGGCAGGCUUUCGACAAUCUUUCUGCAGCAAAAUUGGAAUGAAUGUGUUUAUCUACUUCACAGUUAAUAAAAGUGGCUUCUACUUUCUGGGCUAUUCCAGAAUUGUCUUAAAAUUAUUAUUUUUUUAAAUUUUGAAAUCCCAUUUCAAAAUUCGCCAGCCUCACUUUCAAAACCACUAAGAGCUCACUCUUAGAAUUGAUGAUUUGUUAAAUGACAAAUCCUUCCACUUGUAGUUAAAAGAAAAUCAUCCAAAAAGAGGGAGAAAACCUAUUGCCUUGAGAGAAACACCCUUGGCAUUUUCCGGCAUUGAUGUAGAAAUAAUGUUCUAUGAUGACAUAUUUUCAAAGAAACACUUUCUUAUUUACUGUAUGGUGUAAAAACAUUGCUACAUGUGUUGUUACAUUAUGUCACUGCUGAAAGUUAUUUGCACUAUAAUAAAGGAAUUUUCUACAAGAUGGCAUCCAGUUUAUUACAUGCUGUAUUUGACCUCGGUAUAAUGUACUUAGCAAAGACCAUACAGGGUAGCAUUGAUCCCUCACUCACGUUAC